AUGCCGGGGGCUUCUAGUCUGCUGGCAUCAGCCUUCGGGCUCCCCCGAUCGCGCUCGCUGUCGCGCAACCGGACUGCCAGCCCCAACAAACGUGGCGACGUCACUGAUGCGACUUACUCGGCCGAUUGGACUACAUCAUCAUCUCCGUUAAAUUCGGUCCCCGCCUCACCAUCUGUUCCUGCAACUCCCACGUUCUCCGGUAGUGCUUUUGGUAGCGGUAGCCCUAGGCAUCUUACUAAAAUGGCAGACAGUGCUGUUGAUGUCGCCAGGGACUCUCCCCGCUCCAGCAUGGAGAAACUCAGCUUGACAAACUACCGUCACGACCUGGACAAGUUGAACGAGAAAUCCCAACGCUCGAGUCCGGAUCGGACUGGAGACUCGACCCGGUCCAGCAUGGAAAGCGGCCGCACGAGCAUGAGUGCCGAUUGGCCUGUCCAUCCACAUGAGCUCAAUCUCAUUGCCGAGCUGGACAAGCUUCCCCUGGGAACUGAGGUGAACUUUCGAGCCAGAAUCUCUACUCAGCGGCAGCUAUCCAAGAAUCUCGACUUUCUUCUCUUCCGCGACCAAACAAACUCUGUGCAGGGCGUUCUUUCUCGAGAAUACCUCGACAUGGUUCGAUGGGUCCAGAAGUUGAAUUCCGAGUCCCUGGUCCAGGUGAACGGGGUGCUUAAGGCGCCUCCCCAGGCGGUCCGCUCUGCUACCCAUUCUGGAGUCGAGGUUGAGGUGCACUCCAUACAUCUUGUGAAUGCGGCACAUGGAGCGCCCUUCACCAAUUACAAGCCUCCUGACACGCUACGCAACCGCAUGACAUCUCGAAUCCUCGAUCUUCGUCAUCCUUCCAACCAAGCCCUGUUCCGGAUCCGUUCCAUGGUAACUCGCACGUUUCGGGAAACCCUCGAGCAGCAGGGCUUUGUUGAAAUCAACACGCCCAAGCUCCAACCCGCUGCCACCGAGACUGGUGCGGCUGUUUUCAAGGUCAACUACUUUGGGCGCAAUGCGUUCCUGGCUCAAAGCCCUCAACUGGCAAAACAGAGUGCAGUCUCCGCCGACUUUGGCCGAGUAUUUGAAGUUGGUCCCGUUUUCCGCGCCGAAAACUCCAACACCCAUCGCCAUCUGACCGAGUACACUGGACUCGAUAUCGAGAUGUCCAUUGAGCACGAUUACCACGAAGUCAUUUACGUUAUUGACGACUUUCUUAAGCAUGUUUUCACUUCUGUCUACGCCAUGCCCGAGGUCAAGGAAGUUCAGAAGCGAUGGCCCAGCAAAGAGUUCAAGUGGCUCCAAGAGACUCUGAUACUCAACUUUGAGGAGGGCAUUCAGAUGCUACGCGAUGAUGGCCGUGAUAUCGAAAUGGAAGACUUGUCUACCCCCGACGAGAUGCGACUCGGUGAACUGGUUCGAGAGAAGUUUGGCACCGACUACUAUGUCUUGGACAAGUUCCCGGCCAGCGCUCGCCCAUUCUACACUCACAAGGACCCCGAGGACCCAUUCUGGACGAGGUCUUUUGAUAUCUUCAUCCGCGGACAGGAAAUCUGUUCAGGCGGCCAGCGCAUCCAUGACGCCGCCGAGCUUCGCGAGAAUAUGCUGGCGGCAGGCAUCUCAGAAGACGGCAUGGAAGACUACCUCGCAGCCUUUGAUCUCGGUGCACCGCCGCAUGCCGGCGCUGGCCUUGGCCUGGAGCGAAUUGUGGCUUGGAUGCUUGAGCUGGGUGACGUCCGUUAUGCAUCUCUCUUCCACCGUGACCCCAGAUCACUGCCGGCACGAGCACCCGGCUUGCCUCACCCAGAGGCAGAUACUACCAAGCCUCUUCGAGACGGCGUCAUGCCGCCUAUCGAGAAGCUCAUUGCCAACUACGGCGAUGCUUCCAAUACCUCUUGGUUGGAUGAAAGAUUCAAGAUCUGGAGACACCCAAGCGGUGCUGCUGUUGGCUAUGUCAAGCAGGAUAAAUUUGCAAUGAUCACUGGAGAUCCCCUCUGUGACAGGUCUCAGUACAAGGAAGUCUGUGCCGCAUUCGUCAAGUUUGUGCUUGCCGAGCUCAAGCUCACUCCUGUGUGGAUGCUCGUGUCUUACGACAUCCAAAAGAUUCUCGCUCAGCAGAUGAGCUGGCGGACCCUGUCGUGCACUGAGGAACAGCGUGUCGAUGCCACCAAUCAUCACGCCGUCAAUGGUGCCGGCUCCAAGGCCAGACGUGUCGAGCGUGAAGGUGUCAAGAUUCACGAAGUUAAGCCCGAUGCAGACUUCAUCAGACGCGCAGACGAAGCUAUUGUGAAAUGGAAAGCCAACCGCAAGGGCAAACAGGUGCAUCUCACCGAAGUCCGCCCUUGGGUCGACAUGGAACACCGCCGCUACUAUGCUGCCGAGAAAGACGGCAAAAUCCUGGCCAUGGUGGUCCUGGCCAAGCUGUCUCCCAGACACGGCUGGCAAGUCAAAUGGGCCCUCGACUUUCCCGGCUCUGUCAACGGCGCCAUCGAGGUGUUGAUCGACUACACUCUGUCCACAGUCACGGGCCAAGUCACCUUUGGUGUUGGGGUUUCCGAGAAGCUGACACCCGGUGAGCAUCUUCAUGGAAUUCGUGCCAGGUUCCUAGCUACUACCUACGCUUCCAUCGUCGAUAGCCUCGGCCUCCGUCGCAAGGCUGGUUUCCGAAACAAGUUUGGCGCUCUCGGCGAGGAAGUCUACAUCUGCUACCCGAAACAUGGUGUAGGUCUACGGGAUCUACAGCAGAUCAUCAAGUUCUUCCAGGAUUAA